AUGCUGCAUUCCGGGACGCCUAGCACCUCUCCUCGGGAGGGGCUCGCUGCUGGCCAUGCGGGAACAGCUGCUGAUCAGACUUUUCAAAUAAAGACGUUUAGUACAGAGUUGAAAAACCAUGUGAUGGUCAUGGAUUUUGUGAAGAGUAACUGGUUUCCCUCCCAGAGAAAAGCCAAAGUUUGUAUCAUCCACUUGUGUCAAGGCCUGAAGACGGCAGAGCAGCCAGCCAGCAGAUAUGAGAUCCACAGCCGGGUUUUCUCAUCCCCUAAAGAUCAAUCUUCCCGGGAAAGAGGUGAAAGUCUUCUGAACGCAGGACCAAGGGACAACCACUGCAGUCCUAACAAUCCAAUUGCCCUUCGGAAUCUCCAAUCAGAUGUUCUAGAGAGGAAACCGGACUUCCCCAAGGAGGCUCUGGCAACGCAAAACUCAAAAAUGAUUUCAUCCAUAGUAAUUUCGCAGCUGAUUGAUGAGAAUAAACCAAGAGAACCCGGGGCCGCCUUACCCCUGCCAUGUGCGAUCGCUCAACCUCGAGCAUGUCCCACCAAGCCAGCGUCCACGAACCGCAGCAGAGUCAGCAUCCACAGGGCCUUGGCGUUACUGCCCGGCAAGCUGGGGGUCCAUAGACGGUCACACGAGCGAGGAUCGGAAGCUGAACUGUUGCCCGCUGCCGACCGAGGCCUCCGCAAGGGGUUCGCAUCCAUCACCAUCACCGCCCGGCGUGUUCGCCCAGCAGCCAGUGCCCUGGUGUGGGGCACUGUUGGGGAGUCGCCGUGUCACAGGUGCAGGGCCGAGGACGCUCUGCUCGGGGUCCCAUCGGCUGGUGCCCAGCCACAUCAGCACCACGGACCUUUUGACUGCACAGAGUGCCCCAGAAACGGCUCGCUGAUGAGGCUGAAGGUUCCCGAGGCCCGUGCUGGGCUGUGUGCGGGAAACGAGUACUGGGUCACCCACGUAGACCACAAAGAGAGAGGGUUUUCUGCAGACCCUCCGCCAUCGGGAAAGACCCCGCUGGCAUUCAGUUCCUGUGUCCACCUCCAGAUGUCUCGGCAGUGUCAGAAUUCCAUCUACUACUUGGACAAGUCUCUGUCUGUCCCUGUUGAGCAACCUCAAAUUGCAAGCCCCAAAGUGCACAGAUCCGUCCUGUCACUCAACCUCAGUUGUAGUUCCCACGGGUUAACAGCAGAUGGAGUAGACGGCCCAGCUAAGGGAGAGCCAAUGAGCAGCAGCCUGAGGCAGGAGCUCGCAGAGGGAAACCUGGACCUCCAAAGCCCACACUGGAGCCCAGCUUUACAAGAAAGUCACUCCAAGGAAAACCUAUCGUUGGGGCGGGUGCACCUGGGGACUGGCACAUGUCCUUGGAGUAGCUCUCCUCUCUCCAAAAAUAUAGAACUUGCAGAUGUUGGGACUAACCUGGACACUGUGAGAAAAGGGAAAGAGGACCACACGGAUCCUUGCACCAGCAGUCACGCGGAGCAACUGGCCAUUCACAUUCCUGGCUGGAGUUACAAGGCAGUAGAAACAAAAGUAUAUUCUGGAAGCACCAAGGAGCAGCACGGAGCAGCGUGUGUGUCAUUGUCUGCUCCCCCAGAGGAACAGAAGCCCAUUAAACCUUUCCCUCCCGAUGGGGACAGGCCACCAAGCGAUGACUGUGAGUCUAGCGACCUUUUUGAGCCCAGAGAGAGACAACAUCCAAGCCUCCUGAGUCCCAAAGUCCCUAUGCCUGGGUUUCUGUGCCCCUUGCAAGAGGCAAGGCCAUCUCUGCAGGAAGACAAUGGUGCUCAGAUAGAAAGAGGGCUUCCCGAAGGAGAUUACACGUGCUGUGACCUGGUUGUGAAAAUAAAAGAAUGUAAGAAGAGUGAGGAGCCCACUGUGCCUGAGCCCUCACCAGAGCCACCCUCACCAGAGCCACCCUCACCAGCAGCCCCCCAGGGAGCAGAGACCUUUAACCUGUCAGAAGAGGGUUCUGAGCUCGAGCAAAUGCCUGCCAACUCCUUGACCUUGCAGGAAGCGCUGGAGGCCCACAGGCCUCAGUUCAUUUCUCGCUCUCAAGAGCGGCUGAGAAAGCUGGAGCGCAUGGUGCAGCAGAGGAAGGCCCAGCAGACGGAGCACCCAGAGCAGAAGCCGAGCUGGCUCCCCGUGCGCGCCAACAAGAAGCAGUUCACCGUUCCCCAUCCUCUCAGUGAUAACUUGUUCAAACCCAAAGAAAGGUGCAUUUCAGAGAAGGAGAUGCAUAUGAGAUCUAAAAGAAUCUAUAAUAACUUGCCAGAAGUUAAAAAGAAGAAAGAAGAGCAAAAGAAAAGGGUUAUCUUACAGAGCAACAGACUCCGAGCUGAAGUCUUCAAAAAGCAAUUACUGGACCAGCUCCUUCAAAGGAACGCAGUCUGACCUGGGCUGCCCUGCUGACCACAACCUGGACCUGGGAAGACUUCAAAC